AUGGGUGUGAUACGAAAGAUAACAAAGCAAGAGAAAAAUGCUAAAAUUACAGUUAAACAUCCAACGUUGAAGCAGGCUACACAUAAUGAUAUAAAGACAACAAUAUAUAUAAAAUCAUCAACACCAUUUGUUAGUGGGAUCAAACGAAUUAAUAAAUUUUUAAAUGAUCUUCACAAGAGGAAGAAAGAUCCACAAUUUCAAUGUAUUGUUCUGCUAGGUAUGGGGAAAGCAACAGAAAAGACUAUGGCAUUAGGAAGUUAUUUUGCAGAAGAAAAAGGUAAACGCCUGGAAAUACGUACCAAAAGUGUCGACGUAAUAGAUGAGUACAUCGCAGAAGGCGACGAUAAUAAUUCAGUAGUAGAUGACAGGGACAAGGAGACAUCGCUGAAGAAACGAUCUUUAAGUGGGAUAGAGAUCAAGAUCUAUCCAUAA